AUGCCUUCGUCCCAUCCGUGCACAAUCCACCUCUACACGAAACCAGAUAUCAUCGAUUGCGGAAAGUCUGACCUUUUGAUAAUGCAACCAACACUUUGUACUUUUCAAGCUUACGCGGUCGACGCCAGGUGGAUCCAGAGCACUCGGAGCUGUCGCCAGCGUUACGUCUGCGACCACUCCUGCGACCCCGGCGCCGGACACGCGUGCAUCUGCCAACGCGGCUACCGUCCGGCCGGGCCCGAGGAUAGAAGUCGUCUGAUUGGCUACGCUACGGACCCAUUAAGUCACGGCGUGGAAAACCGUCUUGGUUUUUUUGCGGUCGCCGGUCGGAGCACGUGGUUCGAGCAAAAUCACUUCCACUUGCAGAUUAGAUCGAGGAUAGGAGCAGCACACGCCUUCUAG